GUAGUUUUCCUAAAACCAAGGAACGAAGAUCAACAACAACAGUGCGUUGCAAGUUAAGGGCAAUCCGUGAACAUGGAUCCGCCUCUCACUUUGAACGACGUUUGCCCGAAUAAUCUAGAAGGCGUACCAGGCUACCUAUUCCUGACGUUACUGAACACCUUAGUGGGCGCCAAAUGCAACCUCGGUUCUCCAGAUCCGUACCCAGCAGAUUUCGCGCCCCAAUUGAGCGACGGAGACGAAUUCGAUUUCAUAGUGGUGGGGGCUGGAUCAGCAGGUUCAGUGGUGGCGAACAAACUGACGGAGAAAGGAGAUUGGAGAGUGUUGGUCCUGGAGGCUGGGGGGUAUCCUUCUGCUACAAGUGAUAUACCAAGCCUACUGUUCGACCUCCAGGACAGUCCAGAAGACUGGCAGUACGAAGUGGAACGCUCGAAACAUUCUUGUUUGGGCUUCAAAAACCAGCAAUGCAAGUGGUGCAGAGGCAAAGUGCUAGGUGGCAGCAGCAGCAUAAACGCAAUGAUAUACGUCAGAGGGAAUAAGAGAGAUUAUGAUGGAUGGGCAGAUAUGGGCAACAAUGGAUGGGAUUGGGAAAACGUUCACAAGCAUUUCAAACUGUUAGAGAAUCUAGAAGAUCCGGAAUUCGAGAAUAGUACGCAGUAUGGCAGAGGAGGAUAUCUAGAUUUAUCUUGGUAUGAUUCAGGAAUACCAGUAAAAGAAACAAUUCUAGAAGCUGCCCGCCAAAUGAACUAUCCCACAUUGCGAGAAGAAAACCCUCUCAACCCUCUGGGAUACUUUGAUUCGAUUCAAACAACAUCCAAUGGCAUGAGAACGAAUGCAGCCAAAGCUUUCCUUGGGAAAGUGAAACACCGGAAGAAUCUAUUCGUCGCAUUAAACUCUAACGUCAGGAAAAUAAUUCUGAACGCACACACCAAAGCAGCUGAAGGAGUAGAAGUUACUAUCGCAGGAAAAACGUUGAAGUUGUAUGUGAAAAAUGAGGUAGUACUUAGUGGAGGGGCGAUCAACUCGCCGCAGUUACUGAUGCUAUCAGGGAUUGGUCCAGAAGAUCAUCUGAGACAUGUCGGCAUAGAGUUGGUAAAGAAUCUACCAACGGGCCAGAAUCUACAAGACCAUCCCUGCUUCACUGGGUUGUAUCUCAAAGUGGACAAUAACUCGAUUCGACCAAGAUACCCCAUGACACCAGUAGAUGAAAUGUAUGAAUACUUCACGAAGAGGACCGGAGAAUUGUCCAGAAUCUCGUUGACCAACAUGAUCAGCUUCAUCAACACCAAAAACGACUCGGUUUACCCGAAUUUCGAGUUCCACCACAUCCUCUUCUAUCCAAACGACCAGUAUCUUCUUCCGACAGUCAACAGAGCAGCAGGUUUCGACAUGAAAAUAACUGCUAGUCAAAUGUUCCACAAUAAGAACAAUCCCACCUUGGCCUUUUUCGCCACUCUCCUAAGACCAAAGUCACGAGGUGAAAUUCUUCUUCGAAGUACUGAUGUCUUCGACAAACCCAUCAUUCGAUCAGGGUAUUUGACUGACGAAGAUGAUGGAGAUAUGGAGUUAUUCCUAGAAUCCAUUCGGUACACAGAAAGACUCAUCGAAUCGGAAGCCUUCCAGAAACACAAACCCGAACUGGUCCAGCUGGACCUUCCAGAGUGCGACAAGCUCCCCUUCCGCUCCGACGCAUACUGGAGAUGCUCGCUGAGGCACCUGAGCACCACCCUGUACCACCCUGUGGGCACCUGCAAGAUGGGUCCGAGGGACGACGGUACUUCGGUGGUGGAUCCCCGGUUAAGGGUGCACGGCAUCAAGAAAUUGAGGGUGGUUGACGCUAGUGUGAUGCCGAGGAUAGUAAGCGCCAACACGAAUGGGCCAACCAUGAUGAUUGGGCAUCGCGGUGGGUCGAUGAUAAUAGAAGAUUGGACAGACGGACACGAUGAACUGUGAUUUUUUUUUUCAUCUUCAAGAACACGUGAUAAAGGUUGUCUACAAUUUGUAAUUGCUUCAUGCUUUAAUUGUAGUAAACAUAUAUUAUCAAUCAUUCAUUUAUGUAUUUGUCAC